CCUUAUCACUGCAAGUCAAACGGUCUGCUAAUAUGGUUGUACAGCAAGCAGUCAUAUGCAUAUAUGUAACGCAACCCAUGCUAAUUAGCUAUUCAUCUGUUAACGAAUGAUGUAAUUAGCUAUCAUUGACUGUCAGACGGUAGGCUGGCUAAUUAGCUCGGCUAUUAGCUUAGCAGCUAGGAGCAGGGGAGCUUGCUCGCUAAUUGACCUAGUUCGGUGGGGCAGAGGCCAUGUUGUCAUUCCACUCGGCUGAGCUGUGUUUACAUUAUAAGUUUGUGGCUUGUUACUUUUAGGUCACACGUUUUAGUACAAUUAUUUGGACGUGUAAACAAAUUACCACUCUCUAUAGCUACUGUGACAAACUUAAUGCCCAUAUCCACUUGACGCUUACUUAAAUCCUCUCAUUUUGGAAUGCGAAAUAUGCCGUUCAUUUUUAACCCAUUGCUUAAGGCACGACUCAACCAACUCAACCCCAUGGACACAUGCUAGGAUACAGUGCAGGAUAGAAGACAUGCCAAAAAACAGGUUGUAGAGAUGGAGUCCCUGAUGAGUGCGGUGGCACCGCGCUCCCCAGCCCCCGCCAAGAAGCUGUCAGAGGUGGACUUCCGGUCGGGGGCCACCUUGGAGCAGUUGUCAGCCCAGGUGUCUGAGCUGGUAUUACUGGAACAGGGAGAGUUCGGAGACCAGACCGCCUUAGAGGUCCACACCGCCAAGGACUUUAUCUUCAACAUGCUAGGCUUAGUCCAAAAGGUAGACCAGCGCCUCCCGGUGGCCAACGAGUACCUGCUGCUGUCUGGCGGGGCCCGGGAGGGCGUGCUGGACCUCAGCCCCGAGGACCUGGGCGACUACGCAAAAGGGGCCGACUUUGACCUGGACUUCACCCUGCUGGUACCCGCCCUCAAGCUCCACGACCGCAACCAGCCGGUCACCCUGGACAUGAGGCACUCGCCGCCCUGCCACUCGUGGCUCAGCCUUCGCCUCUGCGACUCCAACGUCAUGUCCCGCUGGAGCAUCUGCUGCCAGGAGGAGAACGGGUUUCCCCCCGAGGAAGACGAGGAGGAGGAGGAGCGAGAAAUGAGUAAAGGCUCUAUCCCCUCCCUGGACUCCCCUCAGUCUCUGGACGGGUGCUACUUCUCUCCCUCCCUGGUGACGGACUGGUUCUGGGGGGUGGUGAGCGAGGCUGUGGAGGAGCUGAGACGCAGCCCCCAGAGAGGCAUUCCCAGCCCGGACCGACUGGAGAGGAACGGUCCCCUCACCACCAUCAUCCUCCAGGCCGGCUCUAGCCGGGUGCUGUACGACCUGCUGCCUGUGGUGUCGUUUCGUGGCUGGCCUGCUGUGGCUCAAGGCUGGCUGACCGCCAACCACUUCUGGGAUGGUAAAAUCACAGAGGAGGAAGCCAUAUCUGGCUUCUAUCUGCUGCCCUGCUGCUCCCCGCUGGGCGGUCGGCCCGACAGGGAGUGGAGGCUGGCAUUCUCUCGCAGCGAGGUCCAGCUGAAGAAGUGCAUCCCUUACCCCAUGGCCCAGGCUUUCCAAGCAGCCAAAGCCGUGUUGUCCCGUAUCCUGGCUCGCCCGCGUGCGGGCCUCAGCCUCUACCAUCUGCGGACCCUUCUCUUCUGGGCCUGUGACCGGCUUCCAUCCGCCUAUCUGUCCUGCUCCGACGCAGACACCCCUGGCCGCCUCCUCCUAGGCCUCCUGGAUGACCUGGCUCAUUGCAUCCUGGGUAAAAACUGCCCCAACUAUUUCCUGCCCCAGUGCAACAUGCUGGAGCACCUCACAGACAGCCAGGCGCUGCUCGUCGCCAGGAAACUGGCCCACGUGCGCUCGGAUCCCAGCGAGCACCUGCGGGCGGCCCUGGACCAAGCCCAGCAGGCGGGCCAGCUGAAGAAGGAGCUAACGGCGAGCACCAACGGCCACGGCUCCCCCGGGCACCACCCGGCCAACGGCAUCAUCUCCCCCUCAGAGGACAAGCUGGCGCAGCGGCUGCAGCAGCUGGUCACCGAGAACCCUGGGAAAUCCAUAUCCGUCUUCCUCAACCCGGAUGAUGUCACCAGGCCACACUUCCGCAUCGAUGACAAGUUCUACUGAGGCAGACGUGCUGCAGAGGAGACGUGUGGAAGUGUGUGUGUCUCUG